CGCCGCCCCAGUGUGGACUUCGGGACCCUCCGCCCCGGGCCGCAUACCUGGAUCUUGCCUUCACACCGAGCCCUGCCUGGUCCACCCACCCCAGUCUGGUGUCUCCCGCGGCGCCCUCGACCUGGGCCAUGGCCCGGAGUGCGGGGCUGAAGCCUGGGCCACUGGGGGCAGCGGUCACCAUGCUCCUGCUCGGCUCCUUCUGGCCCUGGACCGGAGCUGAUGGGGCUGAAGCUGUCUGCGGCAUCGUCCCCCAGGCACGCAUCACCGGGGGCAGUAGUGCGGCCCCUGGCCAGUGGCCCUGGCAGGUCAGCGUCAUCUACGAUGGCAUCCAUGUGUGUGGUGGCUCUCUCGUGUCUGACCAGUGGGUGCUGUCAGCUGCUCACUGCUUCCCAAGGGAGCACAGAAAGGAAGACUAUGAGGUCAAGCUGGGGGCCCACCAACUGGACUCCCACACCCCGGUGACAUACCAGGUCCACCAGGUGGCGCAGAUCAUCUCCCACCCCAGCUACCGUGAGGAGGGCUCCCAAGGUGACAUUGCACUGGUCAGACUGGCCAGGCCUGUCACCUUCACCCGCUACAUCCGGCCCGUGUGCCUCCCUGCAGCCAACGCCUCCUUUCCCAACGGCCUCCAGUGCACCGUCACUGGAUGGGGCCAUGUGGCCCCCUCAGUGAGCCUCAAUCCCCCCCGGACGCUACAGCAACUCGAGGUGCCGCUCAUCAGUCGCGAGACGUGUAACUGCCUCUACAGCAUCCGGGCCAGGCCCGAGGAGCCCCACUUUAUCCAGCAGGACAUGGUGUGUGCCGGCUACGUGAAGGGGGGCAAGGACGCCUGCCAGGGUGACUCCGGGGGCCCACUCUCCUGUCCUGUGGGAGGCCUCUGGUACCUCGCGGGCAUUGUGAGCUGGGGGGAUGCCUGCGGGGCCCCCAACCGGCCAGGCGUGUACACUCUGACGUCCAGCUACGCCUCCUGGAUUCACCACCACGUGGCAGAGCUCCAACCUCGAGUGCUGCCCCCGGUGCAGGACUUCCAGCCUGAUGACCACCUCUGCAAGGACUCUCUGGCCUACAGCUCCAGCCCGGCGCCGGGCUGGCGGGGGCCCCUACUUCUGCUGCCACUAGGCCUGAGCCUGAGCCUCAUCCUGCCGUGGCACCGGCUCUGAGGCCCUCGCCAACGACUCUACAGCCAACCUCCACCUCUUACUCCAGGACGGACAUCUGUUCCCAAGAAAGGACUUGGCCAUGCCCUGAGUUCUUGGGGUCUGGGGCCCGGCUUGAGCUGCGUUGCCCCUGCCCCUGAGCCCCGUGGGAGCCCAGGGACCAUGCUGGCCCAC